CGCGGCUGCCGCUUCCUCGGGCCAUUUUGCUGUGGCGCGACAGAGAGGAGAAGCUGCCGAGGGGACCCAGGGCUCGGAGCCGCGAUCCCGAGCGGGCGGCGGCCGCACGGACUCCCUCUUUCCGCGGUCGCGGGGAUCUCGAGGGGCGAGGCGAUCGCCGGGAGGGGGACCGGAGAGCCGCGCCCGCCGCGCGGGGCGCCCCUUCCCGCCCCCUGCACCAUGAGCUGGGGCACUGAGCUCUGGGAUCAGUUUGACAACUUAGAAAAACACACACAGUGGGGAAUCGACGUUCUUGAGAAAUACAUCAAGUUUGUAAAGGAAAGAACUGAGAUCGAGCUCAGCUAUGCAAAGCAACUCAGGAAUCUUUCGAAGAAAUACCAACCUAAGAAGAACUCGAAGGAGGAGGAGGAAUACAAGUACACGUCGUGCAAGGCCUUUCUUUCCACCCUGAACGAGAUGAACGACUACGCGGGGCAGCACGAGGUCAUCUCGGAGAACAUGACGUCRCAGAUCACCGUGGACCUGGCCCGCUUCGUGCAGGAGCUGAAGCAGGAGAGGAAAUCGAACUUCCACGAUGGCCGGAAAGCGCAGCAGCACAUGGAGACCUGCUGGAAGCAGCUUGAGUCCAGCAAGCGGCGGUUCGAGCGGGACUGCAAGGAGGCCGACCGGGCGCAGCAGUACUUCGAGAAGAUGGACGCGGACAUCAACGUGACCAAGGCCGACGUGGAGAAGGCUCGGCAGCAAGCUCAGAUACGUCACCAGAUGGCAGAGGACAGCAAGGCAGACUACUCGUCGAGCCUUCAGAAGUUCAACCAGGAGCAGCACGAGUACUACCACACCCACAUCCCCAGCAUCUUCCAGAAAAUCCAAGAGAUGGAGGAAAGGCGGAUCGUGAGGAUCGGGGAGUCCAUGAAGACGUAUGCCGAGGUGGACCGGCAGGUGAUCCCCAUCAUCGGCAAGUGCUUGGACGGGAUAGUGAAGGCGGCCGAGGCCAUCAACCAGAAGAGCGAUUCACAGCUGGUAAUAGAAGCUUAUAAGUCGGGCUUUGAGCCCCCCGGAGACAUUGAAUUUGAGGACUACACGCAGCCCAUGAAACGCACCGUGUCCGACAACAGCCUCUCAAAUUCCAGAGGAGAUGGCAAGCCCGAGCUCAAAUUUGGCAGCAAAUCCAAAGGAAAGCUAUGGCCGUUCAUCAAGAAAAAUAAGCUUGUGUCCCUCUUAACAUCCCCCCAUCAGCCUCCCCCUCCUCCCCCCGCCUCUGCCUCACCCUCUGCUGUUCCCAACGGCCCCCAGUCUCCCAAGCAGCAAAAGGAACCCCUCUCCCAUCGCUUCAACGAGUUCAUGAUCUCCAAACCCAAAAUCCACUGCUUCAGGAGCCUAAAGCGUGGGCUUUCUCUCAAGCUGGGCGCCACCCCCGAGGACUUCAGCAACCUCCCCCCUGAACAAAGAAGGAAAAAGCUCCAACAGAAAGUCGAUGAACUAAAUAAAGAAAUUCAAAAGGAGAUGGAUCAAAGAGACGCUAUAACCAAAAUGAAGGACGUCUACCUGAAGAACCCGCAGAUGGGAGACCCGGCCAGUCUGGACCACAAACUGACAGAAGUCAGCCAAAACAUAGAGAAGCUGAGGCUAGAGGCCCAGAAAUUUGAGGCCUGGCUGGCAGAGGUGGAAGGCCGGCUCCCCGCGCGGGGCGAGCAGGCGCGGCGGCAGAGCGGGAUGUACGACGGCCAGGGCGCCCCGACGGCCAACAGCUGCGCGCAGGACCGCGAGAGCCCCGAUGGCAGUUACACGGAGGAGCGGAGCCAGGAGAACGAGGUGAAGGUGCUGGCCACCGACUUCGACGACGAGUUCGAUGAUGAGGAGCCCCUGCCCGCCAUAGGGACCUGCAAGGCCCUCUACACCUUUGAAGGUCAGAAUGAAGGAACCAUUUCCGUGAUUGAAGGAGAAAUCCUGUACGUCAUCGAGGAGGACAAGGGCGACGGGUGGACCCGCAUCCGGAGGAACGAGGACGAAGAGGGCUAUGUCCCCACCUCGUACGUCGAAGUCUAUUUGGACAAAAAUGCCAAAGGUGCUAAGACUUAUAUUUAAUACCACUUAAAACCUUUUUAAAACUUGGAGUUGUCCCUCCCCACAACCGUGACUGUUACAGGCAGCCCCGGGAGGACCGGAUGCGCGGCGGGGUGGCGCGGUGGACCGCGGGCCCCGCACGCCGAGUCUCCUUGUCUGUCUGAGCUUUGGCUAAAAUCAAGUUUCACUUGCUGAUGAGAUUGUGUGUGAAGCUGCCAACUGCCAACUUAUAUCUGUGUCACUUGAAACCUGAUAAAACAUUCCUCCUUUCGGCAGCAUCUGUAGAUAAUGAGAAAAAAAAAAAAGUCGCCUUCUAGCUUUUAAUUAAUAUUUCUCAAUUAAAAAGUCCACACACAUCACGAGGCACCAGAGGACCUCGGCUGGUGUCUGCCACGGAUGGCCUUGCAGGAGGAUGUGACCCUCACUGUCACUUAAUAAAUGCAACUAUGCGAGUUUGUUGAGUCACAGUCUGUCCAGGGGGAAAGUCAUUAAUAAAAUCUUCCCUCCCUAAUGAAGAGGUCAUGAGGUUCUUCUAUUGGCCCGAGCGCAUGUAUUUUCACUUGAAUGUGGUGACAUUGCUGUCAGGCCCUCUUGAGCUUUUAUGUCUACAUGGUCCUCAACAACCAAAGGAAAUCUGGCCUCCAGGCUCUGCCCCGUGACGGCGGACCGAGGUGCCAGCGCUGUCCUGGCCAGAUGAGCUUCUCAAGUGCGGGCGAUGCCCGUGCCUCGUCUGCUCCUGCCAGGUUCUGAUUCUGGGUUUGCAGCAGCAGCUCACAUUGCCCAGGAGGGGCUAGAAAUAGAGCCACUGCUGCACAGGGACCUCAAGACAGUCCUUUUCAAAGCGGAAACUGUGGGGAGUGUUUAAGUCAUUGGCAUCUGGAAGAACCCAAAGUUUCAAUGUAAGGGCAAUGGUUUUAGAAUUUCUGGCUCAUUUCAUAUGAUUGACUGUUGCCUCCGUUUUAAAGGAAUCUGGGCCAUGUGGGAAUUUGCAUUUUUAAGUUGGCACGGAGGCGGGAGGGCGGGUAGUGAUGUUGGUUUCAUGCAUACCAAGUCCUGUGAUUAAUUGUGCCCGCUGUGAGAAUCCGCCCCAAAGGCCCCCCGAGAACCAGCUGUAAAUGGGUCAGAAUGAAAGCAUCCGGGUAAAGUUCUCUUUGGAUUUGACUUUGAAAUUUAUUUAUUUAUAUCUUUCUACUUUGAAGGAGGGAGUUGGAUCCUUGCCUCUGCAGAGUGGGCUCACUUUAGAAGCUGAAGUCAAUUUAGAGCUGUUUUUUGUUGUUGUUCUAACCUGGAGCUCGGGGCCUCCUGCAUGCUAAGCAGGUGCUCUGCCCCUGAGCUGCACCCCCAGCCCUGAAGCUCGGCCCUGCAGCUGCAGGUCUAGGACCCGGCAGGUCCAGGAUUCCCUGCUGGAAUCUUGUGUUCCAAGAUUCCAGCAGCAACUUCACUUAGAUUUCACAAGGGCCACCAAAUUGGAAUUGAGUGAUCUUUACUUAGUGACAACCUGAUUUUUUUAAAGACACCCCUUUUUUUUGGAAAUAAUGACAGAGUCCCAGGCAGUUGCAAAGACAGUGUAAAGAGAUCCCUGUGCCUUUCACCCAGUGUGCCCUGGUAGCCACGGGGACAGUCGGCAGCCCGGGCUGGACGCCGGGCUGCUCACCUGGUUUUUUCAAUCUAUAUAUUGACUCUGUAGUUCAAAUUCCUUUCGAAUAUCUUUAGCUGGCAUAGUAUUGAUAAAGCCACUCACGCUGGGGCCUCUCUGGGGCAAUGGUUUCGGUUCUGCUUUGUAGGUACUGCCAUGAGAAAACCAGCAGAGCCUUAAACCCAGGGGUGGGUCUGAGUGUGAGGUGAGCAGCUCUAUUCAGGUGACCAGGUAGCCCGGAGACCCCUAGGAAUAAAACCUCUGCCCCUCCAUCCCAUGCUGAGCUUGUGUCCAGACCAGGAGCUGCUAGCAAAAGCAAGGAACACUGAAAACGCAUAAAGUAGGGCCAGACAGUGUUAGCCUCUUGAAAUCCCACUCAGUGAACUCGCCGCCCCCCACCCCCACCCUGGAGUUGUGCAAAUUUGAUUUGGAAAUCACUCAGUUGGCUUGCAAGGCAAAGCGGGGGUGGGAAGGGGGUUCAGUUUGAAUGCCUAAAUUUACAUCACUAAGUUGUAAGCCUCAGUACUUAUUGCAAAUCAACCUAGGUCACACUGGUGAAGUCAAAAAGGGGAUUGUGGUUUCGGUUCCAUUUUGUCGGGGCGUGAUGUUAGAAGACAUUGGAACGAUUGCCGAAGAGUCAGAGUUUUUGUGUCCACCCCGAGUACCCUUAGGUUUUCUUCCCAUCAGUGUGCCAUUUCAAUAAAAGCAGCAAAAUCUCAGCUGUUUAUGAUCUUCUCCUUUUAUUGGAAAGAGGCCCCUAGAGGUUAACAAUGCUGGUCGACACGUCCUGCCCCAGCCCGUGGUUUGGGGCAGCCCCUGCUUUCUGAUACCAAACCUCAAAGCAGUUGUUUUCUUUUUAAUAAUACCAGUGCACUUUUCUCUCUCUCUGUGUGUGUGUAUGUGUGUAUGUGUGUGUGUGGUGUCCACAAUGUGCUUAUUUAAUAAUUGCCAAAAUAUUUAGACUAGAGUAAAUUGGUCAACUGGAUUGGGAUUUCCUUAUGUGGUUGCAUUUUGUGUUUUUAGAAUUGCUUUCUGUUAAACAUGUCCAUAAUUCUCCCCACCUAGGAAUUUAUUUGUAUAUACUGCAAUUUAAAAACUAAAAAGGAUGACUUGAAUUAGUUGUUUUAAUGUCUUACUCUUUUAUCUGUUUGUUUUAUCGGUUAUUCUGCUGCCUAAUGACCUUUUGUUUUUAUAACUUCUGGGGAGGCCCAGGACUCUUGCCCCAGCUGGGUCCCCAGCUGGCUGCUCCGCACUUGAGUUUUUAUAGACUCUUGGGUUCUGAGUAAGUUGCAUUGAACACGGCCAACAUGAUUGUUUCUUUCUCUUACCCUAAAAGAAAAGAAUCUGUCUGGCAUCUUCUAGUUGUACC